GGCGACAACAACAACGAGCCAUCGGUUACCGAGUAUGGAAGUCGCCCAUCACUUCUUCCCUUUCAUUCUCUCAUUCAAACACCCGCUCGUCAAUGGGAAUCGGCGCGGGUGUUGCUAAUCAUAGCUCAUCCCCCUCGGAGGACGGGCGAUCAUCAGGAUUGGCCCCUGGGUGUCGGUAG